UUUAUUACUAGUUUUUGCAAGUAGGAAGACUAAAAGUCACCUUAGAGUUUCAUCAUCAGGCUUUGUGCUGCUGCGCUCAAAUAUAUAGUGCAUCAGACAGUUUUUAUGCUGUUAAAAUGUAAUACACUGUACGUAUGUUUGAGUUUUAGUAUAAGUAAAAUAUGCAUUGCGAGGAAAUAUUUGUUUAAUGUUUUACUUCAUGUGUUUAUUUUCACUUUUUCACUCGCGUGUUCCCGCGUCGCGGAGUGACACAGAAGAGACUCCACCGGAUAGCGGUGCACUUUAUGCUUGAAGCCAAGAAGCACAUGGACGUCUGCUUCAAUUCUUGGAGGUCGCUCACCAACCUCACAAAAGCCGGACCGCCGGACCAUCGUCAACCGCCGCUUUCGAGUCGCAGCUAGCGAGGUGCCUGGCAUGGGAAACCGCAUCGGAGCUUUCCUAGCUCGGCCCAUCAGAAAUUUCAACAUCGAGAACCGCGUUCAGAAGGUGGUCGGCGCGGAAAAACCAAAGUCGGCUCCGCGGCAUCCCUCGGACCAGAAGUACGAAGCGCAGGUGGCGAUCGAUAAAGAGAAAGUGAUCGAGAAAAGAGAGGACCUUCUGGAGCGGCUAAAGAGCGUCAAAGUGGUCUCUGCAGAAGCCACGCCCGAGCCAGAAAAGGCGGAGCGUGUGCUGCCGCAGAGCCGCCAGUCGUGGCAGCAGUACCAGUACGGCUACUACGAACCAGAAACGGUGCAGCCGGGGCGCAUCACCCUGCGCCAGGCGACCCAGCUCGUCUCAGACGGGGCCGCUGACCCAGCACGGUUCACCCCCGAGGCCCUAGCCGCGCAGUACGGCCUCCGGGUGGAAGACGUCCGCAGUGUGCUUAAGUACUUCAAGCCGUUCCAGGUGUACACGCCUGAGGUGGACCUGGCCGAGAAGCUUGGCGUCAAGAAACUGAAAGAGGCACUACGCAUUCCGGGCUUACAGACGGACCAGACCCAAGUCAAGGCAAAGGCAUUGCUCGAGGAAUGGAAAAAGAAGAAGGAGGAAGAGAAGUGAGUUCUGCGGGGAAAGGUGGCGACGCGGAAGAGAUUCACCGUGUGACCCGGUUCCGGUGUGCUUCUUGGACGGAUCGUGACGUUGACGUGUUGUGAGGAACUUUUGUGGAACUUAGAAAAUGAAGGUGUCUUCUCCUUUG